CUCGGUGGAUCUACUUUUGCUCACCUGAGUCUACCCCACCUGGGUCUAUGCCCCACCACUCGUCGGUAACCUCGAUCUGCGACCGAUCUUUACUAGUCCUCUCGCUCACUCCCACUCUGAACCUGCCUCGUCUCGAUUCUCGUUCAUCCUCCUAGGCAAUCUUUACUCUCGCUCACUCAACUCAGAUUCAGCCUCGUCACUGGUCUCGAUUUUCGCCCACCUCCUUAGUAACCUCGACAUUUGCUUACCUCAAGUCUGCCUACUGGCUCGGCUGACCUCCACACGACAUGUCUGCAGACUUGCUAGCAAGGAUUGAGCGUAACCUUUGCAAAAUGGGGGAAGAACUCUGGAAUAUUAAUGGUCCAGAUAAUAUUAUUAACAAGAGAUCAUUACAAGCUACUGCAAACUUGCUACAACGAGUACCAAGCAACAAAGCUCUUCCAAAGCAGCAAGCUACGAAAGUGAAGCAUUUGGUUCGCUUCGCCUUUCGAAAGAACAGUCAUCAAGAGCUUCCUGAACGAGGCAAAGAAGGCAAAGAAGGCAGAUAUCGGAAACUACGCAAAUUGGAUUGCAAUACUUUAAAGCUCUAUGGGUUAUCUUAUACGACCGAAGAAAUCAUCAAAUUAGUAUAUACUGCCCGACGACUAUUAAUACGCAAACGAAAAUACGAUAUAAUUAUAUUACCGAACGAAGCGGCUCAAGCGCCGACAGAGAAAGAGACAAAUAUAACAGAAGACGAUAACAAGACGAAGCCGGAAUAAUCUUUAGCAAAUAUAAAUACAAAUGAAUAUAACGGAGAUGCCUUUAUUAUUAAUAGACAUUACGUACGAGAGGCUCUAGAUCUCAAUAAUAACGAAUAUCUUGGGGAAAUAUGGC